GUCGCCGAACUGGGCUCUGUGCGCAGGAAAAGGGAAGUGGAGGUCUCUGAAACAAGAUGAAUUUGGCUGAGAUUUGUGACAAUGCAAAGAAAGGAAGAGAAUAUGCACUUCUUGGAAAUUAUGACUCAUCAAUGGUUUAUUACCAGGGGGUGAUACAGCAGAUUCAGAGACAUUGCCAGUCUGUCAGAGACCCAGCUAUCAAAGGCAAAUGGCAACAGGUUCGUCAGGAAUUGUUGGAAGAAUAUGAACAAGUUAAAAGUAUUGUCAGCACUUUAGAAAGUUUUAAAAUCGACAAGCCCCCAGAUUUCCCUGUGUCCUGUCAAGAUGAACCAUUUAGAGAUCCUGCUGUUUGGCCACCACCUGUUCCUGCAGAACACAGAGCUCCACCCCAGAUCAGGCGUCCCAGUCGAGAAGUAAGACCGCUGAGGAAAGAAAUGGCAGGCGUAGGCGCCCGGGGACCUGUAGGCCGAACACAUCCUAUAUCAAAGAGUGAAAAACCUUCUACAAGUAGGGACAAGGAUUAUAGAGCAAGAGGGAGAGAUGACAAGGGAAGGAAGAAUAUGCAAGAUGGUGCAAGUGAUGGUGAAAUUCCAAAAUUUGAUGGUGCUGGAUAUGAUAAGGAUCUGAUAGAAGCCCUGGAGAGAGACAUUGUAUCCAGGAAUCCAAGUAUUCAUUGGGAUGACAUCGCAGAUCUGGAAGAAGCUAAGAAGUUGCUAAGGGAAGCUGUUGUUCUUCCCAUGUGGAUGCCUGACUUUUUCAAAGGAAUUAGACGGCCAUGGAAGGGUGUACUGAUGGUUGGACCCCCAGGCACUGGAAAGACUAUGCUAGCUAAAGCUGUUGCUACUGAAUGUGGUACGACAUUCUUCAACGUUUCCUCUUCUACACUGACAUCUAAAUAUAGAGGUGAAUCUGAGAAGUUAGUCCGUCUGUUGUUUGAAAUGGCUAGAUUUUAUGCCCCUACCACAAUCUUCAUUGAUGAGAUAGAUUCCAUCUGCAGUCGAAGAGGAACCUCUGAUGAACAUGAGGCAAGUCGCAGAGUCAAGUCUGAACUACUCAUUCAGAUGGAUGUAAAACAUCUAACACAACAAAAAAAUCUUCCAACAGCAAAAGGAAGAGCUGAGCUUCUGAAGAUCAGUCUUCGUGAGGUUGAAAUAGAUCCUGAUAUCCAACUGGAAGAUAUAGCAGAGAAGAUUGAGGGCUAUUCUGGUGCUGACAUAACUAAUGUUUGCAGGGAUGCGUCUUUAAUGGCAAUGAGACGACGUAUCAAUGGCUUAAGUCCAGAAGAGAUCCGUGCACUUUCUAAAGAGGAACUUCAGAUGCCUGUUACCAAAGGAGACUUUGAAUUGGCUCUAAAGAAAAUUGCUAAGUCUGUCUCUGCUGCAGACUUGGAGAAGUAUGAAAAAUGGAUGGUUGAAUUUGGAUCUGCUUGA